CCCCUUAAUGAAUAUUCUGAUUCCGUUACUAAUUAUGAAUUUUCUGAGAGAGUACAGUCGAAAGUUUCUUGUUCUUCUCACAAUGUGCAAGCUUCAGUUUUGGAGUCUGAAUGUCUUUCUGCAUCAAUUGAAGAAAUCGAGACAUUGAAGAAUAAAGCAGAGGAGGUUGAAGAAUAUCUAGAUGGACAAUGUGUAUACCUUGUCGGUCAGUUUACUGAUGUCUCUCAUGCAAAUCCUCGUUUUAUCCACUUCUGGUAUCCGAAUUUUGGCAGAAACACUGGGAUAUUCCUUUUUCGACUGCUGAAAUCUUUGAGCUUCGUGGAUAAUGAGGUCAGGAGCUGCACAACUCUUUAAGUUUCUUUUGCUGCCACAUAUUGAAACGACGACAAUUCGUCUGUGUUAGACCAAGUGCUUGAGCUUGACUAAUGAAACGAGGUACUGCAAAAUUGUGUUAGUAAGUUGGAGGGGGGGAGUCUUUUUAUAGCCAUUAUCUGCAGUCUAGUUUUGAAUAAGGAAGGAAUUUGAAGUGAAAAUUUAACCAGAUUGAACUUUAGUUUCCAUCUUUGACAUGUCAGGUUGAAUUAAACUUGCAUAUAUAGUAGUAGCUAGCUUCUUGCCAUUUGUUUGAUUGUGUUUCUUUCCAUUUAAUUCUUGAUAUUAAAUGAUUUUUCGUUCUGUAUGUUGUAUUUAGACGGAGGUAUUGCAGAAGCUAUCUUUGAUGCAUCGGCUUAUUGCACAAGGAACUAAAUCUCGUCCCCUUUUACAUGAAGAAUCAGGAGGAGACGCGGUCGGCAUUUCCUGUUUUGAUUUGUAUGUUCUUCCUGUUGAUACGUCUUUUGUCUUUGAAGCGGCUAACUACUUUAAUGGACAAGAGGGGUGAACAUUAUGCCAAUGCAUUGGCUUGUAUUGUAUGCUGGCUGAAUUAUAUAGUAUAAUACCUGUUUCCUUUUUGUAGAUAUUGCAGUGAAAAGGGAGAAAGAUGUCUGCAAUAUUACACCUACUGAAAUUACCUUCCAUCUUUUGGCUCUUGGCUUAUUAUACAAAUCCAUCUCAAGCGUCAGCCAAAUUCAAUAAUACUUGUCGCUAAACUACAUCCAUUGUAUGCAUGCAUGUGUGCAGGUUCUUAUACAAAUUGACAACUUGUUAAAGCACCACCAAUCGUACCAAUCGUGUGCAAGUGUAACUGGUAAAGUUGCUGCCACGUGACCAGGAGGUCACCGGUUCAAAACAGCCUCUGGCAGAAAUGCAAGGUAAAGCUGCGUACGAUACACCCUUGUGGUGGUACAGCCCCUUUAUUUAGAUCUGCAGAUAGCUGUUUUAAAACUUUAUUUCUUUUGUUUGAAUUAGCAACAUUACCGUUGACUGAUGAUGGGAUACUAUCCAAACAAAUCGAUUUCACCAACUAAAAAUUGUGGUUUAUUUUGUAUUGUUCUAAAUCUGAACUAAAAUAGAAUUGAGUUAUGCUACUUAGUACUGCUUUAAUAUUAUUAUUUAUCUGACGAAACAAGAAUACUUGGAAGCUAUUUCAUUUCUAGACAACAAUAAAAACCACAUGAUAAGAAUAUUGGGAAAGGGCAAGGUGUAAUUGGCGUACCAAAUUAUAAAAGCUAUGCAUUUUUGAAAGAUCCAACACACAUUCAACCGUGGGUAUUUUUUAAGUGUCCUAGAGAUAUAGCUGUUUAAUGCCCUAGUUUAGGAUGAUAAAGCAAAUAAGUAAAAGAGCAGUCCGAUGUAUCAAAGCUCUUUCCAUGCAUAGGAUCCGGGAAAGGACUUGACCAAAGGAAAGGGUCUAUUGCAUGCGGCCUUGCAUUGCAUUUUUGCCAGAGAUUGUUUCAUUUAUCUCACAAGAAAAUAUGCAUGUAAGCAAUGAAAAACUCCAUGUCAGAAUUACAAUGUCAAAGUGAAACUACCAAAGCAAACCUGUGAAGUGUCUGCAUUAAUCCGAGGCAAUCCUGCUUUUAAAAAGUUUUGUUCCUUGACAUUAUGAUGCAGGAGAUUUUGUACACUGAGAUUCUGUAGUAGUAUUUUCCCAUUUUGAACACAAGAGACUAUUUUUGGACAGUGAAGAAUCAUACAGCCAACGAGGUCUGCUAGUAGUUGUUCGAAGACAACUGAGUAUUUCAAACAUGUCUGACCGAAUGCAUUGUUUUGUCAGUAGGGAAAUGAAUGGAUCUUGGUGCUAGGAAGUCCACAAUAUUCAACAUAUUGUCGUUACAAACUGUGAAGUUGAGAGAAAUGCAUUUGAGUCUCUGGCUGGAAUCCUGACGAGCAGACAAGCUAGGUUUGUUUAAAACCUCAGCAGAAUUGUUAAGAUAUUUGAAACUCAAAAUCAAAUCAAUCAGCAACAGUAAAUUCAAGAAUCGCAUUCCUCAUCCAUUAUAUUGUAAAAGCAUUAGAUGGGACAUGGAUCAAUGAAUUUUCUUAAAAGUUUAUAC